AUGCGACACUACCGCUGGGCUCUACUCGCCAUACCCCUCGCUCCCACUCUGAUCCUCUCGGCUCCGCGCGCCCACGCCGUUAUGGCUUCCGCCUCCGGUCCGUCACCGUCAACGUCAGCGGUUGCUGAUCCGUCAAAGUUCGGCUACCGGUCGACGGCGGAAGAUGUGACGGCGGGCGUCGAUUUGAGCGGCAAAGUGGCAAUCGUAAUGGCACUCGCGAAUUCCCCUUCCCGCGCGAACCUCGUCCUCGUGCCAAUGUUCUCCCCACGCGCGCAUGUCGCCCCUCUCUCUUUCCGCCGCGCUAAUUUCUUCUUCCUCCCCCUCUCCCGACACCCUUCUGGCGCGAAUUUCCUCCCCCCAGGCGGCAGCAGCGGCAUCGGCACGGAGACGGCGCGGGUGCUGGCGCUGCGAGGCGCGUCCGUGGUGCUCGCGGUGCGGAACACGGAGGCGGGGGAGGCCGCCAAAGCCGCCAUCAUCAAGGACAUCGAGGGGCGGAGCGCAGCGGCGGCGGGGGUUCCGGCGGCGGUGCGCGAGCGCGUGAGCGUGAUGCCGCUGGAUUUGGCGUCGCUCAAGUCGGUGCGCGCGUUCGCCGCGGAUUACUUGCGCCCUAACCGCCCGCUGCACCUGCUCAUGUACGCGCGGAGAUGGAAGUGCAACAAUGCGGGCGUGAUGAUAUGCCCGUUCAUGCUCACUGCGGACGGCCAUGAGAACCAGUUCGGCACCAAUCACGUGGGUGAGUGCAGGGAGGCAACCACGUGGGUGAGUGCAGGGGAACAGCAACCACGUGGGCUGAUCGCACCACACCUCCACUGCCUCCCUCUCCCCCUUUCUUCCGUCCCCUCCGCCCCCCCUCCCCCCCUCUUCCCUUCCAUCCCCUUCCCCCCUUCCUCCGCACACAUCCCCCACCCAAUUGCAUCGCACGUCGUACCCCCUUUAGGCCACUUCCUACUGACCAACCUGCUGCUGCCGAAGCUCAAGGAAACCGCCAAGCAGGAGGGCGCAGAGGCGCGCAUCGUGAUCGUGUCCUCCGCCGCCUACCAGUUCCCGUACCCGGGUGGCAUCCGUUUUGAUGCCAUCAUGCUAAGGAGGGGUAUGACUGUGAUUGCUCUGUACCCAGGGGAGGAGGGUGCAGGAGUGACAGUGAAUGCAUUGCACCCGGGGGUGAUUGACACCAACCCCUCACGCCACAUAGUGCCGCCAGGGACCAUCUGGCACACCCUCGGACGUAUGGUGUUCCAGCCUGGUGUUCCAGUGGGUGCAGCCACGUCAUGCUUCCUUGCAGCGCACCCCUCAGUGGCGGGUGCGAGUGGGGGCUACUACGCAGACUCGCGGGCAGCAGAGGGCAAGGCCACAGCGCUGAGCAAGGACAUGGAGCUGGCUGGGAAGCUGUGGGAGCUCAGUGAGCAGGUGGCCAGCAAGCAGUGA